AUGGUCUUCCAAUACGCCCUUAUUGGAGUCGAGGGCGGAUGGAGGUUGAGGGGCAACGCUGAGGCCGUGGAGAUAAACGGCCCCGUGGCCAUGAACGCACCACGGAUGGAGCGGAACCGGGUCGGGGUGCCGGUGGCCAACAGCAGUGAGAGCCCCGAGGCUCCAACCCCACAGCUGCUGCUGGCGUUUGAAGAGGUCAGCAAACCGCUGAAGGGGGAGGACGUGCAGAUGAGGCUGUGGCUGAAAAACGACAGCCCCCAGCUCAGGGAUCUGUCCUUCACGCUCAGCGUCCAGGCCAUGCGCUACAACGGGACCCCGGCGGGGAAGAUCCAGGUGGAGGAGACCGAGAGGAAGGUGGAGCCCCACAAAGAUCUGUCCAUCCCCGUCGUGGUCCCCUACUCCUCCUACCGGGACCUCAUGGUGCCCAACGGAAGCAUGAACUUCUCGGCCGUGGUCACGGAAAAGGGCGCCCCCGAUGGCGUGUUCAUGGCCGUGCACUGCGUCGCGUUGGAGAACCCGCCCAUCUCGAUCAAAGUGUCCAGUCCCUGCAGAGUGGGAACCGAGACCAGUGCCGAGGUGGUUUUCAUGAAUCCGAUCGAUGGGACUCUGACGGACUGCUGUCUCACCGUCUCUGGAAGUGGGCUUUUUAAAAAAGAGACCACGUUCAGACUUCCCGAUCUGCGGCCGAACGUGAGGGUUCGUGUCAAGUUCUUCUUUGUUCCCUACAAGAGCGGCGAGAGGAGCCUCCUGAUCGACUUUGACUGCUCCUCCUUCAGAGACAUGAAAGAGAGCUGCUCUAUCACCGUCAAACCUUAG